AUGGCAAAUUGGAAGGAGAAAGGUGUGGUUCCAGAUUCUGAGGAUGAAGAAGAAUUUGAUUCCCAAAAUACUAUAAAUCAUGGGAUACGAGACAAUGCCGCAGACGACGAGUUUCAUGAUAUCGACGAUGUUCUCGAAAAAAUCAACAAUGUCAGAAGAGAGGAUGAAGAAGCAUGUCUCAAUACGAGAGAUAUGGUUGAGGAGAUCGGAAUGUCUCAAGCUUCAUCCGUUGACAUGAUCCAAUCUUUUGAUAUAGUCAAUGUCAAAUUAGUUGACAGUCCGACGGAAGUAAUUACGAGAGACUCUUCGGGCAGUGUGAAACAGAAUCAAGAGCAACCCAUCGAAACUGGAGCGACUACAUUCUUGCCUGAGCCCACUCCAGAAGCAGAGGCUGAUGAGGUUUCCAGAAGCUGGAUCAAAACUCUAUCCCCAGAAUCUAGCAUCCUGUCAUCGCCUCCAACAAGCCCUAUUCGAUCGUCUCCAGUGGCACAGCCUCUUUCAUCUCCUGUCCAACAACCCAUACUUUCAAGACCCACAGAGCAGAUACGUGAGGAGUCUCCAGCACAAGCGCAACCCGGCUUCGGUAACCCAGACUACCUUCCGAGGAGGCAAUUUAGAGAAAGGAAGCCUGUGCAAAUACAUCCAUUUCUCUUGGAGCAACAACGGUACGAGCGGAGGAUGAAGGCUUCUCACAUUAAACCCAUUCGAAUUCCACAAAGCCAAGAUGAACCUGGUCGAAAGAAAAGAGUCAUGCAUAAUCAAGAAUCGUGGGAUAGGGAUUUUCAAGACCCAGAAGAGGCGGAAGCUGGUGACAUGGAAGAAAGCCAGCCCAUUACGCUCACUGGAGGCUCUUUAUCACAGUCGCUAUUAGCAGACAGCGUACGCGAGACCAUCAAGGAGCCAGCUAUUCUUACAUUGGGGGAAGAUGAAGAGGAUAGCGACCAUGAAUUUCCAGACCUUCCAGAUUUGUUCAGACAGAAGUCAAAUUUAGUAAAGCCCAAGCAGAAGAGACCGUCGAAGAAGUACUCAACUAAAAAUCGACCGAAGUUGCCAAAUCAAGCCCAAAGUGUGAAUAAAGAACCUAGAUUAGACAUCUACGAUUUCCCCAGCUCUUCUUCGACUGGUUCUUCCCCCAUUCGUUCAAGAACUGUACGAAGGCCUACGUCUCGUGUAAUUUCUGUUACAUCCUCACCUGCCUCAGCUCCUGUUUGGUUGGAUCAGAGCUCUCCGCAAUCUCGGCGAAUCACAGAAGUACCCACUCCAAUUACGAGUGCUAUCAAAGCCUCUUCACACACAUCCCCUUCCAAAAUAAUUUUGGAUGCAGAGGAUCCGUUUGCCGAUCCGAUAGAAAUUCCUUCUUCGGUAUCUGGUUCAUCCUCGUCGUCGUCAUCUUCGGAAGAAGAGGACGAAAUGGUAUUCUUGAAGAAAAAGAUGAAACAUGUACUACCUGCAUCCCAUCUAAGACUUGAUCAAAAAAGAAAAGAGACACGAGAACUAAAACUUCAAGCAAGGAAUCAUCAAAAGGGCAACGAAAAGCGUGCUGGUGUUGGAGUUGCUCUUCCUGUAGUGCGAGGAUCUAAUCAAGCAGCUUCCACGCAACCUGCCAACCAACUUGCAUUUUUAGAAUCUGACGAAAGUGAUGAGCACGAUGAGAACAAUUUCGAAGGAUUUCUCAUGGAAGAUGACGAACGAACUGGAGCUCCUAGCCUAUUUCAAGAAUCGACUUUCGGGUUUGCUAUUGAAGAUGAUCGUGUCGAUGGUAUGCUGCCAACUCCAAGUCGCAAACGUGUAGCCAGGAGUUCAUUGAAGCAGCCUAAUGCUAAACGUCUAAUGAAGUCUUCAUCUCAUAUUUGGAAUCAACCAUCACAAUCAUACCAACCGAGGAUAACUUCGCACCUCGCGGCUAUAGCUCCAGCUAUGCGCAAGGCCAGUAAACCAAAACGAAGACGGCUAAAGAAGACACCGCCCAAGCUUAGUAUAUUAGACGUUGCUGAGAAUGCCGGUUAUUUCGAGCCACAUGCACCGGCAUUCCUCAAGGUAGCGGCUAGAAGCGCGAGAUCACGAAAGGAACUUGGACGUCAAAGUCCAACGCGGAAGUUUAUCAGGCUUGCGACUCGCGAAGAUACUGCUGAUGCCCAAUCAGUCUUACAAGAUUGGACGAACCGCAAAAUCAGGCCUGGGAAUGUUUCAUACAUCCCUCGACCCGAAAAUGUCAACGCGUAUCCGCUUACUGAAAUCUCUGCCAAUCAUCAAACGAAGCUUCCGCCACCCAUUAUGAAUCUCCAGGCGAGCCUGCGAAAGUCUCAGCCGAAUACCGGAUACACCAAUACAAGGAAAAUUCGCGUACCCAGAGCAAGGCAGCUCUCGAUGAACGAGUUUGUGGCGAAUAGAGAUGUGGAACCAGAAAUGCCUCCAUCGAACAAUGCUUCAACAGUCAAUACCAAGACUAAACACAGGCCACGCCCAAAUUCUUUUUUUGCAGCACCAUCCGCACGAUCAGCGCAACUUGAAGCAAAGCAGUUCCCUACCAAAACCCUGGAACCGAGGAAGAAGACCCUCGAUGCCCUUUUUCGUAUGAGUCGCCAGCAGCCUUUACAGCGAGGAAAUCUCCAACUCAGCCGUUUCUUGGCCGAUGAUGAUGUCGUACAUCCUUCAAUAGAAUCCAAUGUUCCCAAUGGGGACGAUGAUGUGAUGUCAGCCAGUCUCACAAAGAAGGUGGCGAAGCAGCCUCGACCUCGGAAGCGGUUACCCCAACGUUUAGAUGCAGGUGCAGCUAUCUAUCGUCAACCGAGUGAGCCACUCGUAUCGUCCUUUCUGGCGCCUGCACUGAGUGAAGUAGGCACCGACCAAGGGAAACUUUUUGGUCUAGGAAAAUUUGGCACAAGGUAUCCUCAACAUUUUGAUGUUUUUCCACUACAGGCGGGAACAUAUUUCCAUGAGACUACCUUCCUUGGCAGUGGGUGCCUUGCAAACACUCUGAACAAUAUAGACCUCGACUUAUCUGAUGAUAAUAGGCCUGCGACGUCCAUUGAAGUGGGAGACAAUGUUUUCAUAUGGGGAACCUGGAAUGCCAUUGUCUCCGAGCAAAUGGGCGUUUGCGUUGACUGGCUAGCAGAAAAACUUACUGAUACAUCUGAGGUGCUAAAUAAGUCUGAAUUGAUCGCGACUAGCAAUCUUCUUUUGGAUUAUGUACAGCAUGGUGUGAAUUUCUCAAGUUCUGGGUUGAUAUCUGAAUUUUUGCUACGAAUGUUAGAUAUACUAGAAGACUUUUCAUCUCGCCUCAAUACAUGUCAUGUGUCUAUUGUGAACAAUCGGCAAGCAAUUCAGGUCACAACUAGACUUUUGGUGCUCUCACUUCGAUUACUACGUCUUUCAAGAAAAGGUUCACAUGUAUCGACUCUUCGUCUCGAAGAAUUAUUGCAAAAAUUGGCAAGUUCUUGCAUCGGCCUCUUGAUAUCGGAAGGCUUAGAAUCUGUAAGAAAGUUGUACGACGACCUGCAAUAUCUGUCUGUAAGAGAGGGUGGCAUAAGAAACGAUCGUUACGUCCCUGAAUCUUGGGUCAUUAUCAUUCAUGUUUUAAAGGCUGCAAAGAUUCCACGAGUUUCGUUUUGGGACGUUGCAAACAUACAAUUGGGCAUCAAAAGUAUAAGUUCGUUGCAGGAUGCCAAUUCGAUGGAAAAUCUGUGGCUCUCCAUGUUCUCUCUUCUGCCACUUUUCGGGUUUGAUGAGUAUGGUUACGUUUCGUCGGUUUCAUGGCAGGAAAAUGGAUUCGACAAUUGGUCACUUCCGCAGCAAUUGAUCAAAAGGGUAUUUGCACUUUAUGCGUCGAAUGUUAGACAAUCACCAAGCUUCAACGAUUACUGCAGAGCAAUUGUGAGUCGAUGUCAUUAUCUGAUGUCAAAAUGGGGUUGGUGGAAGUGCAGCGGGAUGAUUGGCACUCUGUUUGAUUGCUUUGCCUUACAGAAGCUCGCGAAUUUACGAAAUGAAGAGGUUUAUAAGUCACCUCAGUUUCUGGAAGACUUGACUAUAGAAUCUCCACUAGAUAUCGAACCAGAAGACCGCUGCUUUCAUAUUUUUCUCAAAUUGGUGGCCAUUGCAAUCAGGCAUCAGCGUGCAGUAGGCGAUACUAAAGGUAUUAGGAAUCUGGUUGCGCGGAUCUUGCCAAACCAUGAUCGACAAUUUCCAAAAGAAGAGGCGAUUUUUCAUCGUGAUCUUGCCUCGUUGCGCAACCAUCAUGACCUUCUGUGCACAGUAUACUGGGCUGCCCCACCAGGUUACGGGCCGUCCAUCACCUUGCUGCAGAAGCUUGUUUCGGCUGCUCACUCACAUAACGAAGCCUUUUUAAUAAAUUUGAGGGCUUGGGAACGACUUGCUCGGUUCACCUUGUCUAACAUUCCUACCAGUUUCACUGUUGAAUCAUAUGGACCAUUUGUCACUUGGCAGGACUCCUUCUUUAAUAGUCUGCUCGAAGAAUAUGUGGAACUAACCCAAGUUCGCCAGCAACUACAUAUUCAAUCAGACGGAACUUUCCAAACAGAUGUUGACUGUAAUCGAGAGAGCACCAUGUCUUGUAUACAAGCUGUGGCAAGAUCGACCAUAGAAUCAUUGAAAUGCACAAAUUCAACAACCUUGAAGCAUGCCAUAAACCUAGACAUGCUUGCGAAAAUGUUAUCUAUAGGUUCCUCCAAGGAUAAAAUUGACCAAGAAUUAACCUCAUCUGCAAUCGAAAUUCUCAACUGCCAUAUGCAUCAACUGAAUAACGCAGAGCCAGAGAGCAAAUCCGAAGCAAAUCCAGAUGGAGAUGAAGAAUUCGACAGCCAGGGCUUGGAGUGUGAUCCCGACUGGGCGAAAGAAAUGCAGUUCAUGGACGAUUAUCUACACCCGCUUGAUCGUGCAAUCACUUCAAACUUUCGAGAUUUAGUUCAAAUAAUAUUGCAUGAUGGCCCGGUUCCACUAGAACAUACGACCAAUUACUUCUUUAUAGGGCGCUUGAUCAAGUGCUGGGCUCACUUCAUCUCCGCUUUUAUAAAGUUCGGCAUCUACUCUCCGAAGGCCUUCCUAACUGUCGGUGCAAACGCAGUCUUUGAACAUCGAGAGAAAUCGCAUUGCACGCUUUUAGCUUGGCCGCUGUAUCUCAGUGAGCUACUUGAGCACACAAAAUCAUUACAUUCUAAUGUUCCUGGCUUCGACGUUGGAUCAGAAUGGAUGAUAGCUGUCUCCAAGCCACAGCACGAACUUCGUUGGGAGAAUGCUUUGACUUAUCAACUAUUGAAGAAAGGACACUUUCUCCUUGCGAGCGAGACUAUAAACGAUGCAUCUUCCAAAUCUUUAACGGAGGAAGCACCCUCGGUAAAGAGGAAUCAACAUUUUAUCAAAGGCGCUAUUAUCAGAAUCCAGAAGAUUUUCUCGGACCAAACGUUACUUGCUUCCACAUUUGGCAAUGUGACCAGAGAGACUGUCAAGACUAAGUUCUCAGCCUUGCUGAAUUCUACCAUGCUCUCAAUGCAGCAGCACUUGCAAAAGCUUCAGACUACCAACGCCAUUGCUCACGAAGAGUAUGUGAGCUUUGUACAAGAAGUUGUCUCGCAAAUUCGUUCUCAUUGCAGCAAUAUCUGUCCCCCCUUAGAAUUCUUCUUCCGCCAGUCUCCUGCGUACUGGCCUCCAGAGACGGAUCCUACUCUUUACUUGGCGGGUUUAACAUCAUAUACACUUCAACUGUCUUCGGAACGGGAAAAAACGCGGAAUGGAUUGAUAUAUUAUCUUUGGAAUGGAUUCAGAAGUUCACUGUCGGCUACCGAUACACUUUAUAGCUACAUCGGCCAGAUUUCGAAGGGUGCACGGCAUAGGGACAUGCUGGAAUUCUUACUGGCUGACAUCGUGCCUUCCACACUGGAAGUCGCAUUCGAAAAUGAAGCUGGCUGGCUCGCAUGCGAAGUCUACUUGGUAGCAGUAUCCAAAGCUUUUGAAAGCCUCGUUCUGAGCGGGCAGCAAGUCGGGCAAGUCAUGGUUCACAUGAAAAUACUGUUACAGUAUAUCUUCAACAGCCUUGGUAGUCACUAUGGUAGAUUUGGCCAUACUGUUGAAGCCGUGCAUCCCAGUCACCGAGGUAUUAUUGCUGUCAUCUUUCGAUUUUGGCGUGCCUGCAGGCCGCACCUGUACAACCUAAAUACUGGUUCUGAAAGUGGUCUGGGCGAUAUAUUUGAAUGCUUCAAUGGCUUUGCAAAGUCAUCAAUACUAUAUUUUACAAACGACCAAGACAUCAGCUUCCAAUUCAGGCACUUUGAUAUUGGGAAGGUGGGCAACGACGUUGCUAUAAAAGAGAUGGCUCGCGAAGUUCAAAGCAAUUGGAGGGUAAAUAUGGCAGAUGGGGGAGUAGAUGUACGGAUGAAUGAUGGUACAAUCGUGAAUCAUUGUUGCCACAACGGUCCUCGAGAUCUUCGUGAGGUUCUUCAAGGAAUGCUUCCGGAAUCUGAUAUUAAAAUGGCUGUAGCUUCGUUGGAUUGCUACUUUUGA